AUGUAUUCAUUUUUCGUCUUUUACUUUAUACUUUUAUAUUUCGCCUCAACGAAACCACCGUUUACCUCGGCUGGCUCGUCAGUUGGACCCGUACAAGCCUUUAAAAUAAAAGAUUGCCGAAGAUGUCCGGUAGGUUAUGAAGAGAGCAUUCCAUGCCAAUGCGAAAUUGCGAAAGAAAACGACCACAAUUUAUCCAAGCUAUUCGCACAGCAGACAACGAAAUUGGAGGCCCAAGCCUUCACAAAGAUGGACAGUGACCUCAAGAUGUACUCCUUUUUCGUUUUUUGUUUUAUACUUUAUUUCGCCUCGAAGAAACUACCGUUUACCUCGGCUGGCUCGUCAGUUGGACCCGUACAAGCCUUUAAAAUAGAAGAUUGCCGUAGAUGUCCGUUAGAUUAUGAAGUGAGCAUUUCAUGCCAAAGCGAAAUGGCUAUUCUAUGCGAAAUUGCGAAAGAAAACGACCACAAUUUAUCCAAGCUAUUCGCACAGCAGACAACAAAGAUGGACAGUGACCUCAAGAUGUACAACACGGAACAACUGUUUACCUCGGCUGCUUCGGAUUUAUUAUAUCUAGAUCUGGAGGUUCUGGAUUAUCAAGAGGACAGUCGUUCCAAGGCGUUCCAAGGCGAGAUAGGCGUUCCAAGCGAGAUUGUGACUACAGUUGGUAUUCCAUACGAAAUUCGAGUGUUUAAACUGUGUUUUGGAAACGUGUAUGAUUUGAGUUCAGGUCGAAGUGUAAAGCAUUUUAAAGUUAAAACAGGUGAGGAAAGGUAA